GAUUCACGAAUCCGAGAACCUCACCAAGUGAAUCCUCGGGAGUCCGGACUCCUUCGUUUCAACAGAGUGACUCACUAGAGACUCGACGAGACGCAUGCUUUAUGCAAAUUUCAAAUAUUCAAACUUUAUUUUCGUCACAAAUAUCUAGGGUUUCAUCCUCGUAAGCUUUUUAACAUUUGGGGAAAUUGCAGUUGUGCUGUAAGUUGGAAGUUGGAGCUUCAAUGGCGGAAGAAGGUGAUGCUUUUUAUGUUGUUCGGAAGGGGAACGUCAUUGGCAUUUACAAAAACUUUAUGGAUUGCCAAAGCCAAGCCGGUUCUUCGGUAUGCAAUCCUUCUGUAAGUGUGUUCAAAGGCCACUGUUUGCCUAAGGAAGCUGAGGAGUACCUCGUCUCGCACGGCCUUAAGAAUGCUUCAUAUACUAUCAGUGCCAGUGAUGUGAAGGAUGACGAUCUUUUUGGAAAGCUCGUUGCUUGUCCUUUUCAGCCAGAUUCUCCUGCCAAGGACUCACCGCCAAAGAGAUCGCAUGGGGUGGCCGGCGCUACUGCAUUCCCAAUCUCUCAGAGUCAGAGAAAGCAUUUCAAAUCUGAUAAUCAACCUGAAGCUCUUGAAAAUUCAUCUAGUUGUCAGCCAGAUUCUUCUAUAGUAAAAUCAGAUGCUAAGGACUCACAACCUAAGAGAUUGCAGGACAUGAUUGGAUCUACUCCAUUCCCAAUAUCUCAGAGGAAGCAUUUCACGCCGGAUAACUACAUUGAAAAUCUAGGAAUUUCUUCUUUUUGUCAAACCUGUACGCUUGAGUUUGAUGGUGCUUCAAAAGGAAAUCCUGGACAAUCUGGUGCAGGAGCUGUGCUACGAGCUGAAGACGGAAGCGCUGUGUACCACUUGCGUGAAGGGGUGGGAAUUGCAACAAAUAACGUUGCAGAAUAUCGAGCCGUAAUUCUGGGAUUGAAAUAUGCUCUUGAGAAGGGAUAUAAACACAUUCGGGUUAAAGGAGACUCUAAACUUGUCUGCAUGCAGGUCCAAGGUCUCUGGAAAACAAAAAAUCCGAAUAUGGUUGACCUGUGUGAAGUGGCCAAGGAGCUGAAAGACAUGUUUACGUUAUUUGAGAUCAAUCAUGUUCUUAGGGAAUACAAUUCUGAGGCUGAUGUUCAAGCAAAUCGAGCAAUAAAUCUUCGAGAUGGACAAGUUGAAGUGGAUUGGAAUGGGAAGUAGCUCAAAUAAAAUGCUGGAAAGGGGACGGCAUUGUUUUGUAACCCAAAACAUUUUUUAUGGAAAUAGCAGAGCUCUCCUUGCUAUGUACAUCCCAACUCCUUGAUGUAAUGUUUUCAGUGAUGGUUUUGGAACCCAAAAUUUAUUGCUAACGUAAGGCUCGUCUGAGAGUAUGUUGUAAGCACUUUUGCUUGUAAGUGCUUUUGUUGGAAAUGAAUUUACAUGAAACACAUUGAGACUUUUAUUAAAUUUCGUGUGUUUUUCUUAGAA